CAGACAUUGUUCAUUUAACUGUUGUAAUGGUGAUAAUCUGUGGUGUGCAAUAUGAACGUAUCAUUGUCGGUCGCUCUUUGAGAUACAAUCCAGGCGAUUUUUCUAUCACGCUCAGUAAUUUAAUUGGUUAUAAAGGAGAGGAGAUUCAAUUUGAAUGGUCAAAUCAUAAUGUAACGAUAAUAGGAUGGGCUCAAAGAAACCGGACCUGGUUUGAGGACUGUAUACACCUGCCACACAUCAUUACAAUGGGUGUCAUCGAAACAAAGUUUGACGAUGAACGAGGUAUCCUUUACAUCAAGUUAUCAAAACAUGCGAUUGACAAAAUUGAUCCCGCAACAACCGUAUCGGUUCAAGAACUACUUGACCAGCAAACCCCAUCGUCAAGCGGCGGCGGAAGAAAAGAUUCAUCACAAAACAACCAUACAAAGGGCGGCGGCGCAACAAAAAAGCGCAUAAAAGAGGCGGAGCUUACAUGGCAGGAAGAUGACGAAAGAUCAUCGUCAUGGCGGGUCUUUGAGAAUCUGAAAAUGGGCUUGAAGAUUAUUCUAGUCGUUAUUGUGACUCUUGGUUUAUUUAGACUGAUUGAAAUACAAAAAAGAAUCAAUCAGUAAUCUAAACAAAUCCUCAGUUGUUUAAAGAGAUAAUUACCUUAGGUAUAACUAAAAUAAUAUUAAAACUCAUAAUAAUUAAUCAAAAUUCGGAAUAAAUAAAUAAAUAAAUAAUUUAGUUGGACAAUUAUAUGACCUAACUUUUCCAAUCUAUGACCUAACUAGUUUUUAUACCAAAAUAAUAUUAAAACUCAUAAUAAUUAAUCAAAAUUCGGAAUAAAUAAAUAAAUAAAUAAUUUAGUUGGACAAUUAUACCCUUUAGAUUAUAUCUAUAAAAGCCUAAACCCCAGCUCUUUUCUCCAACCCUAGCCUCCAUUCUCUUCUCCAUAGGUCCUUGCAGCCGCACGUCACUGUCGGCGCCGCCCCAUGGUCCGCUGUCUGCCGCCGCCCAUGGCCUGAUGUCCGUCACCGUCCAGGAGCACGAUCGCCGGCCACAUAUCCAUCCAGUCGGUUGCUUGCCCGGCCACCCUAGCCAUAUGUUCACUGCAACCAUCGCUAUGGCCGACGCCACCAGCCCCUCCGCCGUCUCGAUCCAUGAGCGCCGCCUCCCGCCUCUGUCCCAUGUGCCUACCUCAACCGCCGGAGUAUUUCCAAAACCUAGUAGGAAGAAUGGACAGUGUGGCGCAGGUGAUGAAUUUUGGUUACGAUGGCUAAUUUGUGCGGCGCUGGAGGAGUUUUAAGUGAAGAUGGGUUUGUGCUUUGUGACACAUGAGCGAAAUAGGGUUUUCAAUUUGGUGAAGUGCCGAGUGCGGCACUGCUUUACUUUUCAAUUUCUUUUCUAUUUUUUCUUUUCAUUCUCAUUUUUGCUUUUUUUGCUUUUGAAAUUAAGAGUUUCUAAAAUUAGGGUUUGUGGGCAUUAAAUUGAGGCAGUGAAUAUGCGCAGUGAAUAUCAUUAUAGAUAUUGUUGGGUACGACAGUAAAUAUGAUAAUACAUAUGUUGUACAUGACAGUGAAUGAAUGCAUUAAUGAAGUUUGUUGUGCAGUGAUUAUGAUCGGGAGUGCAGUAAUUUCGACAUCAAACCCAAUAUGCUUAAUUAGACGUAAAAUACUAAAAUUAUUAAAACUAAAAAAAAUUAAAAAUAAACCUAUAAAUAAUUUCCUAAAGUGAAUGAGAAGAAAUUUAAUUUUAGGGGAAGUGCAGUGAUUAUUACCGGAUGUGCAGUAAAGUCAUGCAUUAAA